UGAAAAAUCAGCAGUUAAGGAAACAUCUUAUCAGAGUGAUGUGAAUACAUUUGUACCAGCUCUGCAAUUCAGCGCUUAGUCAACUUGCAUUUGUGACCCUGGAUCACAAAACCAGUCAUAAGGGUCAAAUUAUACAUCAUAUAAAAGCUGGAUAAAUACGCUUUCCAUUGAUGUAUGGCUUGUUAUGAUAGGACAAUAUUUGGCCGAGAUACAACUAUUUGAAAAUCUGGAAUCUGAGGGUGCAAAAAAUCUAAAUACUGAGAAAAUCGCCUUUAAAGUUGUCCAAAUGAAGUUCUUUUUGAUCCCCCAUCAUACAAGCAGAGACCAAAAUCAGAACACAAAAUUGUUUGUGAGAUGAGCAGAAAAUGAUUAGUCAAAUCAUUAGUUUUUCCUUUUUCCUGUUACCUUUGUGCAAAGUCAAGAAAUAAUGUGUGCAGCACCUAACAUUGAAAAUGCAGAGAUUGUAAGAGGUCAGAGACUGAACUACAGAAUCAAUUCAAGAAUAAAAUAUAAAUGUCAUCCUGGAUUUGAACCAGAGCAGCCUGUACACAUCACCUGUGACUCCCAGACUCAAUGGACAGGCAUACAGCAAUGCACUGAAAUAAUGUGUGCAGCACCUAACAUUGAAAAUGCAGAGAUUGUAGGAGGUCAGAGACUGAACUACAGAAUCAAUUCAAGAAUAAAAUAUAAAUGUCGUCCUGGAUUUGAACCAGAGCAGCCUGUACACAUCACCUGUGACUCCCAGACUCAAUGGACAGGCAUACAGCAAUGCACUGAAAUAAUGUGUGCAGCACCUAACAUUGAAAAUGCAGAGAUUGUAGGAGGUCAGAGACUGAACUACAGAAUCAAUUCAAGAAUAAAAUAUAAAUGUCGUCCUGGAUUUGAACCAGAGCAGCCUGUACACAUCACCUGUGACUCCCAGACUCAAUGGACAGGCAUACAGCAAUGCACUGAAAUAAUGUGUGCAGCACCUAACAUUGAAAAUGCAGAGAUUGUAAGAGGUCAGAGACUGAACUACAGAAUCAAUUCAAGAAUAAAAUAUAAAUGUCAUCCUGGAUUUGAACCAGAGCAGCCUGUACACAUCACCUGUGACUCCCAGACUCAAUGGACAGGCAUACAGCAAUGCACUGAAAUAAUGUGUGCAGCACCUAACAUUGAAAAUGCAGAGAUUGUAGGAGGUCAGAGACUGAACUACAGAAUCAAUUCAAGAAUAAAAUAUAAAUGUCGUCCUGGAUUUGAACCAGAGCAGCCUGUACACAUCACCUGUGACUCCCAGACUCAAUGGACAGGCAUACAGCAAUGCACUGAAAUAAUGUGUGCAGCACCUAACAUUGAAAAUGCAGAGAUUGUAGGAGGUCAGAGACUGAACUACAGAAUCAAUUCAAGAAUAAAAUAUAAAUGUCGUCCUGGAUUUGAACCAGAGCAGCCUGUACACAUCACCUGUGACUCCCAGACUCAAUGGACAGGCAUACAGCAAUGCACUGAAGUAACUUGUCAGUUUGAGUCAAUCAUAACAUCAGGAGUAAAAAGGAUCAUUCCGGAGGGACAAACUGUUUUCAAAGUUGGAGAAAAUGUGGAGAUCAUCUGCACUGAAAAACACUUAUUUUCUACAAAAGAAACCAGUAAAUCAUUUACAUGCCAAAGUAAUGGAAAGUGGGACCGCAAACCUGGUUGUGAGAUUACAUGUGAAGUUCCACAUGACCAGCAAGUGAGUGGCCUGGAAUAUUACUUCAGAGGAGACAUGAAACUGGGGGCAAAGAGAUCUUACAGUUGUAAGUCUGAAUAUCGUAAAACAGCAGAAGAGGCCACGUGUACACGAGACGGAUGGAUACCAAAACCACUGUGUGCUGAAAUGAUGUGUGACCCACCAAGAAUCCCAAAUGCAGAGAUUGUGGGAGGUCAGAGAAUAAACUACAGAAUCAAUUCAACAAUACAAUAUAAAUGUAGUCCUGGAUUUGAACCAGAGCAGCCUGUACACAUCACCUGUGAUUCCCAGGGCCAGUGGACAGGCAUACAGCAAUGCACUGAUGGUACCUGUCAGGAGCAAGAACUCAAAAAUAUAGAAAUUAUAUUUGGAUAUCCGAGCCUCACCUCACCUUAUAAAUCUGGACAUAUCUUAGUUUUCCGAUGCACUGAUGACAACAUGAGGUUUUACGGCCAAUAUUCAGUCAAAUGCCAGCCAGAUGGGAGGUGGAAUUACCCAUAUCCACAAUGUGGAGGAACAGUUCAGUGCUCCAAACCAACAAAGAACUUGCAGUUUGUGACACUGUCAGAUGAGAAAACUGAAUACGGCAACUCUGAGUCUCUGAUAUACACGUGCAAGAAACCAUACAAUGAAAGUGCAGGAGGUGUUUUAAUGUGUCAAAAUGGAAACUGGAACGGAACAUAUAACUGCAGAAAUAAGAUCUGUCCACCUCCUCCGUAUCUUCAACAUGGAGAUUACAGCAUCAUCAGUACAAAAGAUGAUGUGAUCACAGCAGUAUCUUACACUUGCCAGUCUUACUAUGUGCUUACCAAGCAACAUGAAGUUUAUAAGUGUGUAGAUGGGAAAUGGGAGACUCCUCCGAAAUGUCUGAGACCUUGUGAAAUUGAUGACAUUGUCAAGAAGUACAAUCUACAGCUUCCUACAGGAAAGGUCUACAUAAGGCAUGCUGAAAAGUAUAGACUGAACUGUAGAGAUGGAUGGAAUACUGGAAGUGAGAUGAAAGCAUAUGUGGAUGUGUCGUGCUCGGAUGGGAAUCUACAGAUUGACAAAAGUUGUGAUGCACAGAACAACUCAAAAUAAUCUGGAGGUUACUGAGGUAACUGAAUUCAUUCAUUUAUUUAACAAUAAAUGUUGAGAAUGUUCAACUUUGGAAAUGUGAGAUUGUGUGUUGUAACAUGCACUGAUAAAUAAUAGCCUACAUGAAGAUGAAGAUGGAGAGAC